GCUCAGUGUUCGGGGUGCAUGGCGCAGCUAAAGUGACGGGGAGAAUCAUUAGCUAACCUUCGGGGAUCUUGAAAACGGUGGAUAUUUUGUUUUCUGGGGAUCAUGCAGAAACCCUGAAAUGAGACCACCUCCGGACGUGUGGACCACCAUCAUCGCUUCAUUGAUGAAAACGUGCAGAACGGAUCCCAGGAACAGCUGCUGUUGUUGGAUUCAUAAACAUUUCUUUAGGACUCACAACAACCCCUGAGCUUUGUUUUGUGUGUCACGAAACGCUCAAAUUAGACCCGUUUUGCACGCGGUUCAAUAAUGGCUGAGGAAGGCACAGUGAAUUUAGGGAGGCUUCGAGAGGCACACCAAAAGGUGGUGACAGACUGCGAGAGUCGGAUUCAACACUGGAAAAAGGUGUCUGAUGACUACAAAGCCCUAAACGAUCGCCUGGAAACUCUUCCAGAUCAACUGUCUUAUGACAUCAUGGUGCCAUUCGGCCCUUUGGCCUUCAUGCCCGGGAAGCUGGUGCACACCAACGAGUUGACGGUGCUGCUGGGCGACAACUGGUUCGCUAAGUGCUCCGCCAAGCAGGCUCGAAACCUCAUCGAUCACAGGAUGAACUAUGUGAGGAAGGAAUUGGAUGAUCUGUCCAAGACCAUGACAAACUUCGAAGCGAGGGUUGGAUUCGCUAAGAGUUUGGAAACUCUGUCAGCUAGCAAAGGCGACUACGUCGACAUCAGAGAGGAGGUCGGAAACAAUGACUCGGCUGUCACAAAAGGAAAGCAAAGAAUGGCUCACAAACCGAACUCUAAGCCCAAGACUGAUGCAGUGUUUGAUCUUAAAGAGGAGGAUGAGGAGAAUGAUGAAGAGACCUCGGCCAGAAAAGGCCUCCUGUCUGAGAGCGACUUGUGGGCUAGGCUGGAUGAACUUGAGAGGCUGGAGGAGCUCCAGGAUGAGCGGGACAGAUUAUGUGAUGUCACAGAAAUGAACGCUGAGGACUCAUCCUCCUCUUCAUCGGAAGARGAAAAGGAGGCAGAUGUUGCCCCUCCGGUAAACGGCCUGAGUUUGAAGCCAAGCUGGAGCUCAGCUCCUCACAGCAAACAGCCACUCGCAGAGCGGAAAGAAGACGAGGAAGAUGAGGAGGAAGGCCACUGUUUGCCAACCAUUUUCUUUUCUCACACAGUCGAACCCAAGAAGGUGAGAAUAAACACGGGGAAAAACACAACGUUAAAGUUYAGUGAACGAAAAGAGCAGAAGGAGCAUUCCAAAAGGAAAAAGAAAAACGGACACAGUAACGGACACUCCCACCACGAACUUUUCAAAAUCACAACUCCGGCAGACAUUUACAGAUUAUUCGUGGACGUGAGGAACGGAGAGCCCGUCCCCAGGAAGUCCAUCUUGAAGUCGCGCAGUCGAGAGAACAGCGUGUGCAGCGACACGAGCGAGAGCAGCGCGGCCGACUUCGAGGAGCGCAGGGUGAUGGGGCGCAGCUUCAGCCACGACGAGACGCACAGCGACAACAGCGAUGGCAUCACAGAGGAGGACAGCCCCACUGCCGUACCGCUACUAAUGCCCAGCCGAUUUGAGGCGUUUUCAGGUACGGUGAUAGAAAAAGACCCGAUGCCCACAGCCGUCCCCCACCUGACCAUCAUCCCACCAGCUCUCCCAACCAUACUGGAGAGGAAGCAGGAGGAGGUGGCACCUGAUGUGGCACCGCCUCAGCAGGCGCCGAAAAGAGUGUCAAAGUUCAAAGCUGCCAGGCUGCAGCAAAAGUGACGUUUGAGAAGAAUUUUUUUUGUUUUCAACCGAUAAACUGAACAAAAAACAAGUCAUCCUUUUUUGGUUAUGCAUUUUUCCCUCAAAUUGAAAAAAAGUUAUUUUUUUUCUCAUUAUAAUAAAAGCAGCAUAUAAAUAGAUCAAACCUGUCAGUGGUUUGAAACAACCAGUUAGAUUUCCUCUUUAUCUACAUUAUAAAGUCAGUGGAAGAAAGUCUUCCUGUUUGCUCAUUAAGCUGUUUGUCAUACGUUUACUUUAGCUCCUCCUCUCUAAGUGGCAUGAGUUUGUAGGUUUUACCUCAAGUUUUUCUUUUUUUUUUUUUCCAGUCUGAAACGUCGUUUUGACUUUCUUAUCUUCUUACUGAAUGUAUGUAUUUUUCUGUGACAAGCUUUAUGUAAAGGAAAAAAAACUAUUAUUGAUAUAAACUACAAAUAAAAUGAAUUUAACCACA